AUGACGAGAUCAUCCUCAUACGCCUCCGACUACUACGAGAUCCUGAACCUCCCCUUCCCCUCUACAUCUCUCUCAAAGCAACGCCUAAAACUAGCCUACCACAAAGCCCUCCUAAAACACCACCCGGACAAAGCCUCGAGCGCGAUCGCAAGAGACCCCGUUACGGGCCCGCCCACCACCGCCACGACCACCUCCUCCCCACAAGCGCACAAACCUGUAACAAUUGACCAAAUAACAACCGCCUACAAAACCCUCUCGGACCCCUCCCUUCGCGCCGAAUACGACCGCUCCCUCCGCCUCGACCGGACACGCACCGCGGAGCGCGAGAAGACGGGGACGGUCUUCCAUACAGGUCUUGAGGUUGUUGAUCUAGAGGAUCUGGCGUGUGACGAGGGUAGUAGUGCGGACGGGGAAGUUCAAGAGGCGGUCUGGUAUCGGGGGUGCAGGUGUGGUGAUGAGAGGGGGUUUUGUGUCUCCGAGGGGGAUUUAGAGCACGAAGCCGAGCACGGGGAGGUUGUUGUUGGUUGUCGGGGGUGUAGCUUGUACAUGAAGGUUUUGUUUGCGGUGGAGGAGGAGGAUGGUGAGGAGGUUGGGGAUGGUGGACGUGAUCUUGGGCAGAUGGGUUGA